CAGCCGGCAACAACGACCACAACACGCCGGAAAAAUGCCACACCGCGAUGUUUCCCCGGCGCUGUCCGAGAACGAGUUCGACAUAUCAAAAGGACUCAUUGGUGCCGCGAGCGACGACGAAUUCGAAAGCCACCCUAAGCGCGCCUCAAAGAAGUCCAACAACGAUUCGGUCUUCGAUAUUGCGGCAGAACUGGACGGAAAAGCCGAGGAUGGAGGCGACAGCGACGAUGAGGCUUUCAUUGCCGGCCAGCAAGCGGCAGCGAACCGCAAAUCUGCGAAUCUCAAGGGCCGCACUGUGAAGAAGGGCGGCGGUUUUCAGGCCAUGGGCCUUAACCCCGUUUUGCUGAAGGCAAUCACGAGGAAGGGAUUCUCAGUGCCUACUCCAAUCCAAAGGAAGACCGUUCCUCUCGUCAUCGACGGUCAAGAUGUGGUAGGAAUGGCUAGAACAGGUUCUGGAAAGACGGCCGCCUUCUGCAUACCCAUGAUUGAGAAGCUCAAAGCACACAGCCCUAAGGUUGGGGCAAGAGCCGUCAUUAUGUCGCCUUCGCGUGAACUGGCGCUGCAGACCUUGAAGGUCGUCAAAGAGCUUGGACGUGGUACGGACUUGAGGACAGUCUUGCUGGUGGGUGGUGACAGCCUGGAGCAACAAUUCGCGGAUAUGCAAACGAACCCGGAUAUCAUCAUUGCUACUCCUGGUCGUUUUUUGCACCUCAAGGUUGAGAUGGACCUGGACCUCUCCUCGAUUCGCUAUAUUGUCUUCGACGAAGCCGACCGGCUGUUCGAAAUGGGUUUCGCUGCACAGUUAGCGGAGAUUUUGCAUGCUUUGCCCGCAAACCGCCAGACACUUCUCUUCUCCGCGACGCUUCCCAAGUCACUGGUCGAGUUCGCAAGAGCAGGCCUUCAAGAACCGAAACUUGUGCGUCUGGACGCCGAAAGCAAGGUGUCCCCGGACCUUGAAAGCGCAUUUUUUACUAUCAAAAGUGCAGACAAGGAAGGUGCUUUGAUCCACGUCCUUCAAGACAUUAUCAAGAUGCCAGUAGGAGAGACGCAGGCUGCCAUCAAGGCGAAAGAAAAGAAGGGAAAGGGCAAUGACAAAAAGCGCAAGAGGGAUUCUGACGCUCCUGACGCCAACGAUUCGCCAACAGAACAUUCUACUAUCGUUUUCGCAGCCACGAAACACCAUGUCGACUACCUGACUAACCUUCUCCGGGAAUCUGGCUACGCUGUCUCGUACGUCUACGGUUCACUGGACCAGACCGCUCGCAAAAUGCAGGUGCAAGAUUUCAGAACUGGCAUGACGAACAUCUUGGUUGUCACUGACGUUGCAGCACGUGGUAUCGACAUGCCUAUGCUUGCGAAUGUCAUCAAUUACGAUUUCCCGCCGCAGCCGAAGAUUUUCGUUCACAGAGUUGGUCGAACAGCCAGAGCCGGAAGAAAAGGAUGGGCCUACAGUUUGGUGCGCGAUUCGGAUCUACCCUAUCUAUUGGACCUGCAACUCUUCCUUAGCAGGAAGUUAGUUAUGGGUAGGGUCGAGGGCGAAUUCAGUUUUGCAAGCGACGUGGUUGUUGGCAGCCUUGUGCGCAACAAACUGGAACGAUCCGUAGAGUGGGUUAACAAACUACUUGACGAGGAUGCCGACUUGGACGCCCUGCGCGUAGUUGCCGGGAAGGGUGAAAAGCUCUAUUUGCGGACACGCAAUUCUGCCUCCAGCGAAAGCGCAAAAAGGGCAAAGGAAAUCAUGGAAGGCGAUGGUGCGUCUGAGUUGAACAUGUUGUUCAACGACGACGUUGACAAAGCUGAAAUGGAAAGAGAAAAGAUGUUGGCGAGGAUCAGCGGGUUCCGGCCUCAAGAAACCAUAUUCGAGAUUGGUCGGCGGGGACAUGCGAAUACCACCGAAGCAGCUGAGAUUAUGCGGAAGAGAAGGGAGAAAAUCGAUCCACGGAGACAUCAUGAGGCGGAAGCCAAGCAAGCAGCAGCCGAGUCUGUUACCAACACAUCUGCCAAUGGCGGAGAUGAUGCGCUGGAAAUGGAUGGGUUUGACGAGAUGGAAGUCGAUCUCAAUGAGGCAUCGGAAGACGAGCUCGAAAUCACCUUCCCGGAUUCCCAAGCUGGCAAAAAGAAGUCAAAAGAGGACUGGCAAGAUUCGGAGCACUUCAUGUCCUAUACCCCCAAGUCCUUGAAUCUCGCCGAAGACCGUGCGUAUGGCGUACACUCCGGCUCGAACGACAAGGGCGGCAACUUUGUUGAACAGGCAAAAGGCGCCGCCAUGGAUCUCAACAACGACGAAUCGCGUGGAUUUGCCGAAGCAAGCAAGGCGCGCGGAAUGAGGUGGGACAAGAAGAGCAAGAAAUAUGUCGCCAGAGCGAACGAUGAAGACGGGUCUAAGGGCGCAAAAAUGAUACGGGGAGAGAGUGGUCAGAAGAUCGCUGCCAGCUUCCGAAGUGGGCGUUUCGACGCAUGGCGGAAGACUAACAAGAUCGGACGGACGCCGCGUAUUGGUGAAGUGGAAGCGCCGUCAAACAGGUCAGGCCCUGGCCAGCGCUACAAGCACAAGAUGGAGAAGGCGCCUAAGGAGGCCGACAAAUUCAGAGAUGACUACCAUGUUCGCAAGAAGCGUGUGGCAGAGGCCAAGGAAAAACGCAUGGGCAAGUUUAAGGACGGAGUCAACGCUAAGAGUGAACUCAAGGGCGUCGAAGAUAUUCGCAAGGCUAGAGCCGUCCAAGAACAACGCCGGCAGAAGAACGCAAGGCCUUCGAAGAAAGCCAAAUUGUGAGACGCGGAUCGGCGAUGGCGGUAGUUUUCCGAUAGGCAUUCGACAAUUUCCAAAGGCUCGGCGCGAGGAUCUUCGAUAUCGGCUAUUUCCGCAAUAGAUAGUCGAUUGCCAGGUGGUGCUGGUAAGAGUUUCGCUCAGGCAAUUACUCGAUCAAUGCAGAAACCGGAAACUUUCAGGAUUUAGUUCAUCAACCAAGAUCUGGUGUCCCAAGUGCUUGGAUUGUCUAUCAUCAGGAUUCCCAGCAGUAUCAAAAAAAAAA